UCUACCAACAACAAAAUUUGGAUUUUCUGGAAUGAGGAUACUCUCUUGCUACAAAAUAACAGUGAGGAUGAACAGCUGGUCAAUUGUGAUUUUUUGGAGGCAGACACUAAAGAUCAAGUAAGAAUCACUACUGUUUAUGGUAAACACAGUGGUAAAGACAGAAGGGGUCUUUGGCACAGUUUGCAAACCCUCCAAACCAACAACAAAUGGGUUGUUGGAGGGGAUUUCAAUAUCAUUGCUGAAUGGAGUGAACACAAAGGUGGUCAAUGAAUACAAGAAAAGCACUCAUCCCUAUGGAGGUAUGGCAGGUCUCAGCUCAAAACUAAGGUGCCUUAAGGGUGUUCUUACAGUUUGGAACAAAAGCACUUUUGGUAACAUCUUUUCCAAUCUUAAAGAGGCAGAAGAACAAGCUAUUUCAGCCCAGGAAGCAUAUGAGCAGGAUCCUAAUCAUAGUAACAGAGAGGCAGAUAACAAAGCCAGGGCUCAUCUCAUUCAAGCUACUAAUAUUGAACUACUAUUCUGGAAACAAAAGGCAAAUCUCAAAUGGAUUUCAGAGGGAGACUGCAACUCUAAGUUCUAUCAUGCUUAUGUUAAAGGCAGAAGGGCUAAAGCUAAAAUAAGAUGCAUUUAUGAUCAGACAGGUAAAGAGCACCGAGAUAUGGAGAACAUUAGCAGGAGAGCUAUUGAUCACUUCACAAAUGUUUUGAGUAACACUCAGUCCAUUCAAGUCGAGCCUAUGAUGGAUUACCUGGAAGAAGUAAUUACAGCUGAGGACAAUGAGAGAAUUUGUAAAUUAACCUUUGAGGAGGAAAUUAGAGCUGCAGUUUGGUCUCUUGAUCUUGGAAGUGCUCCAGGGCCAGAUGGCUUCAAUGGCACCUUCUACAGAACCUGCUGGAAUAUUAUUAAAACAGAUGUUAUUAGUGCCACACAGGAAUUUUUCACUGGUGUCCCUAUACCCAAGGUAUAUGGAAGCACCUUUAUAACACUUAUUCCCAAGAAUGAAAAACCUAGAGUCUUUGGAGACUUCAGACCAAUUUUCUUGUCCACCUUCAUGAGCAAAAUUAAUACAAGGAUUCUUGCUAAUAGGAUUCAAGCUAUUCUCCCUAAAAUUAUUUCUGAUGAGCAAACUGGUUUCCAAAAGGGCAUGGGGGUAGAGGAACAAAUUCUUUUGGUUGAGGAAAUGGUUCACAAAAUUGACUCCAAGGGCAAUACUAGUGGUAACAACAAAUAUCAUUGGACUAAGUGGGAAGAUGUAUGCAAACCAAAAGAAGAGGGUGGACUGGGAGUUAGAGACAUAAGGGACAUCCAGGAUGCCUAUUCUAUCAAGAUGUGGUGGAAUUUCAGAUACCAUAACAACAAGUGGGCUCAGUUCAUGAGACAAAAAGAGAGAUGGGGCGGCGCUAGGGCUCCUGUUCACAAUCGACGAUUAGGCCACGCUGCCACUGCUUCUGUACUGGUCGAUUACCGACGAUUAGGCCAUGGGAAGGAAGGUAACGCCACCGGGGAAGGAAGAUAUCAUUGGAGAACAGCCACCACCAGGAACCAGUCUACUUGUGAUAUGCAUAUAGGGAGGAAGCGGACAGUCAACAAAUCAAUCAUCGAUGCUCCUUUUAGAAUCCAAGCAAAGAGGUUUGAAUUCCAAUUUUCAGCCUUUAACAAUCUCAUUCAGAUUACUGAAAGAGGACGAUGGAAAUCUUCCCGAUUUUGGAUAAACUUGAAUAUGGUUCAGUGGUUGUCUUCUUGUUUUGAAUAUAUUCUUCUAAAUCCGGCGACUACCUACUGGGACCAAGACCUUACGGCAGGUAAUCGAGCACUCCGCUUUACUCUGGACACAAAUGCUUCUGGAUUUUUCAUUAGAAUUGUUGAGAAAUUCGAAAAUGGUCAUUCUAUAAUCUUUGUUCCUGAGGACUGUUGCAGGCAUGGGUUUAGAUUAUUUCUUGCAUUUCUCAAUAAAGCAUCUUAUCUACUGCUAAACAAUAAGGGCAAUCUUAAAUUUGCAACACAAAAGGUAGGUGAUGCUACCACAGAUCAUUUACAGGCUGUGCCCAAUGAACAAACUCUCAUGUCUGGAAAUCCUAAGCUGAAUGUAGAAGCCAGAAACUCCAAGGUAGGGCCAAGAGCUUUAACAAAUUUGGAAAAAAAUGAUACCAUUUUGCAAUCUCAAAAGGCCACCCUGGAGAAAUCACAUGUAGGAGACAUGGGUAGCAACAAGGGAGGCUCAAGUGGUUCAUUCGAUGUGGCGCAAAAAGAUUGUGAGGCUGCUAAUCCUAGUGUGGCAGUAAUUGGUUCUGAGGAUAUUUUUCAAACAACCACAGUGAGGAAUUCACCUGUUGAAGGCAUUGGUUUAGUGUUGGCAGUUUGCUCUUCGGUAAUUCCUGGGACAGGGGUAUUUCACGCCAUUACAGGCUCAAUUUGCAAAGGUAAGAAUGACAAGGAGACUAUUAGCCUAAACAAGGAUGACAAUGAGGGUUGUGUUGUGAAUAAGCUGAUAGAAUCCUCUUCACAAGCAUCUCGAAGCUCAACUAUUGAUAAGCUAUCAAUUCAUGCAUCUCCGUUCUAUCCUAGAAAUCCUUUGCCAUAUAACCUAUCUUUGAAGGACAUGAAAGCCCUAAACCUCAAGGCAGAGGAUCUCGGAAAGGAUUCGAGGAUGACCAGCAGUUCAUCAAAGAGUCCUGUUGGCAUGUUGGGGACUAGAGUUGGUGACAGUGAUAGUUAUCAUAUAUUGGAAGAGGAACAACAACUGUUGUUCGGGGAGAGGAUCUCGGAAGAAGAAGUUGAUUUAGUAGAGUCUGAGCAAAUUCAUGAAGAUAUUUCUUUUCAAAUUGUGGAAGACUUUGAGCAUAAAGGGAAUGGAAAAAGCAAGAAAAAGAGAAAGAAAAAAGGAAAUAAAAAGACUAAGUGAAUUGUUGACUUCCUUUGGUCUUUCGUUCCAACUUCCCUUAGAUUGUUGGUCUUUGGAAUUGCUCUAGGAUUUUAUUGGCAUCUUUUAUCCAAGUUUUAUUUGGGCUUUUAUUACGGUACCUCAUUGAUGCAGAUGCUGGAACAUUGGUUUGGUUUAGUGAUGUCUUGGGAACGUCCCUAUCUGCUCUUCAAGGGGACUUCUUACCAAUGGGAGCUAUGGUUUUUGACAGUUUUUUGGCCGGGGGAUCCUACAACAGCAAGUGGUUUCUGAUAGGGACUACUUAUCGGCAAGUUGGCCAAAUCACAAC